AUGCCUGGCGGCGCCUGGGCGCUGGCGCUGGUGCUGAUGCUCCUGGCCCCGGGGAAAGGUCAGCAAGGUAGGGGCGCGGGGGCGCCGCCUGGGCCGCAGGAGGAGGGGGCCGACUUCUCGGGUGACACGCGGCGUGUCCCUUUAACUGUAAAACAGCUUCAGGCUGAUCCCUCAGGAGGUGUUCCAGAGGAAGGCAUUGUUAUCAUAGUAGAUGAUAGCUCCAUGCAUGUUAUUGCCCCUGAAGAUGUACCAGUGGAACAACAUGUGGAGAUGGAAGACAGUGCUCAGGAGUGCUCUCCUGGGGGACACCAGUUUCUUCGGAGUCCUUAUAGAAGUGUCCAUUUUGACUCCUUGCAUCUCCAGCAGUCAGCUGUUCAAGACCUGAUAUGUGACCACUCCCUCUCUCCCGGAUGGUAUCGAUUUCUCAUCUUUGACAGACCUGCUGAGAUGCCAACCAAAUGUGUUGAGAUGAACCACUGUGGAACUCAGGCCCCCAUCUGGCUGUCUCUUAGAGAUUCAGAGACACUGCCACCUCCUGGAGAGAUCAAGCAACUGACAGCUUGUGCCACUUGGCAGUUUUUGUUUAGCUCUGCAAAAGAUUGCUGUCUCUUUCAAAUUCCAGUGUCUGUAAGAAACUGUGGGAAAUUUUUUGUGUACUUACUACAGCCUACUCAGGGAUGCAUGGGCUACUGUGCAGAAGCUAUUUCUGAUGCAAAAUUGCACCCAUGUGGCCCUGAUGAAAUUGAAAGCGAAGGUGACUGUGUUCGCCAGCUGUCUGCCUCAUUGCCACCUCCACCCCCAGGAAGGCCAGAGGUUGCGGUGGAGUUGAUUGAGUCCAGACUGUUCUGUAGGUGUGCUUUUGAUGUUUCCCCUACAAACAACUCAGUGGGAUUUCUCAUAGCUUGGUCUAGGCUUUCUUCUCAAGAAAUCAAAGAGGAGCUGAAACAAGAGACCACAGUUCAGGCAUUCUCUCUGCUAGAACUUGAUGGCAUAAACCUCAGACUUGGAGAUAGGAUAUUCUGUAGUGCUUCCAUCUUUUUCUUGGAGAAACCGCAUGUACAAAGUUUAGCCAUCAAAAGCCGAGAAUUUUUUGCAGGCAUUAAGUUACAACCUGAAUUGAGCACUAUAUCAGAAGAUGGGAAAGAAUACCAGUUGAGGAUAGAGAGCACAAUUCCUAUUGUUUGUUAUGAAUUCAGUGAUCUUGAUCAAGAAUGCAAAAUCUCACUAAAACUGAAAACUGUUGAUCAAGGUAAAGAGCACUUAGGCUUGAAUUUGGCACUGUCUUCCUGUCACGUGGACCUUUACCAGACCUCAUCCUGUGCUAAUGGAACCUGUAGCCGUGCUUUUGUGUACUACACUGCUGUAAUGGAUUUUUCUCGCGAUGGUGACAGAAUUACAAACAUUGUAGUGCAGCCUAUAGUUAAUGAGGACUUUCUGUGGAACAACUACAUUCCAAACAGCAUCCAGAUCAGAGUAAAGGAUGUUCCAACUGCUUACUGCUAUUCAUUUACUGACCCACAUAUAAUUACAUUUGAUGGCAGGAUAUAUGACAAUUUCAAGACUGGAACAUUUGUGCUUUAUAAGAGUAUGUCACGUGAUUUUGAAGUCCACGUACGUCAAUGGGACUGCGGAAGCCUUCACUACCCUGUGUCAUGUAACUGUGGUUUUGUUGCCAAAGAGGAAGGUGAUAUAGUUACUUUUGAUAUGUGUAGUGGCCAGCUACAAGAAUCACAGCCAAAUUUAUUUGUAAAGAGCCAACGUGUAACCAGCAACAUCAAGAUAAGUGAAUCUUACUUAGGAAGAAAAGUCACAAUUUGGUUUUCUUCUGGAGCAUUUAUCCGUGCUGAUCUUAGUGAGUGGGGCAUGAGUUUAACAAUCAGAGCCCCUAGUUUAGAUUACAGAAACACUUUGGGACUUUGUGGCACUUUUGAUGAAGACCCAGAAAAUGAUUUCCAUGAUAAAAAUGGAAUUAAAAUCGAUCAAAAUUUUAAUAAUUAUGUUGCUUUUAUUAAUGAAUGGAGGAUUUUACCAGGAAAAAGCAUGUUUGACACAAUGCCAAUUUCUCUGACAUCGCCUGGAAAACUCUCCUAUUGUAGCUGCUCAUUAGACACGGCUUCGUUGUAUCCUUCUUCUAAUCAUCUGGACAGUGUUUCUCAAUCAGAAACUGCUUCAGGUUGCAAAGACCUCAAACAUGUCCGAUUCUCUUCUUUGAUACCAGAACUCGAUGUCACCUCUGAAUAUAUUAAUUCGGAAGCUUUUGUCAGAGGGAUAAACAAGCAUACAUCUGGAGAAAAUCAUUUGAAUUUCUUUCCGCUAGAACAAAAGCAUGUAAACCUAACCAACCAAGACUUAAAUUUACAGAAACAUCCUGCAGAUGAAAAACAAGAUGUACCAAAAUAUUUGAACAAUGAGAGAUAUACACAGGACCAGGGUAGCCACAGCCAAGAAAUAAGGUGGAAUCAACAAAACAGAUGGAAACGGCAAAACUUUUAUGAGUUUCUUCCUUUGUUUGCUUUCCAAAGUCUCAAACAAACUGACCUCGAGGGGUUUGCUUAUUUUUUCCCUGAGGACCAUGCUGAGGAUGUCGACCAGGAGUUUGUCCCCUCGUGGCCCACACCUUCCGGCCUCACUGAAUACAGCACCUUGGCUCUCUGUCAGCACACUCUAGCCAACUCCAGCAUAGGAAGGCUCUGUCUUGCCUUUCUUGGCAAGAGACUAGACAGUGUUAUUGAUAUGUGUGUUAACGAUGUUCUGUUAAAAGAUGAUCCUAGCUGGGCAGAAGCAGGUGUGGCCCUUUUGGAAAAUGAAUGUGAAAACAGGAUUUUGGAAGAGGGGAUAUAUAACACAGAAAAAUACAACAAGUCAAUUGGAGACAUUCUUUCGGUAUUAAAAUGCCCCAAUCUAUGCAGCGGCAAUGGGCAGUGUAUGGAAUGGGGCUGUGCGUGUUUCCCAGGCUUUAGUUCCUACGAUUGUGGUGAUUCACAUGACAAAGCUCCAGAAAUUACAGAACUUGAGAAUGCUGGAUUCUGUGAUGUUCGAAAAUAUAAUUGUAUGAUGGUGAGAGUUUUUGGUAAAGUCUUCAAAGAAUCACCUUCAAUUAAAUGUGAAGUUACUAGACUACAGUAUAAUGGCAGUAAAUGGGUUCCUGGAGAACCCAUGUAUGCACAGACUACAUUUCAAAACAGCAGAACCAUUGAUUGUCAGCUACCCACCCAUGUCCAGCAGUCUGAAACCAUGGAACCGAGAGGUGAGGAACCAAUUGUGAAGUGGCAAUUAAAGGUAUCUAAUGAUGGUCAUAAAUUCAGUAAUCCCAAAAUAAUGAUCAUAUAUGAUGGUGCUUGUCAAGUUUGUGGUCUCUAUAAAAAUGACUCAUGUACUAUAAAGGAAAAUGUUUGCAUUAUUGAUGGACUCUGCUACAUUGAAGGGGAGAAAAAUCCAACCAACCAUUGUUUGAUUUGUAGACCCCAAAUUUCAAAAUUUACUUGGUCAUUUUUAGAAAAUAACCAACCCCCAGUGGUUCAAACACCUCAAGACAAAUUACAGGCAUUUUAUGGAGAAAACUUUGAGUACCAGUUCAUGGCCAUCGAUCCAGAAGGUUCUGACAUCCAUUUUACUUUGGACUCUGGUCCUGAAGGAGCGAGCAUUUCCUCUGCAGGACUUCUUAUGUGGAAAACAGAGUCACAGGCUCCCCAGCAAUUCACUCUGCGCCUUAAUGAUGACUGUGAUGCUGAAACUAGAGUCAGGAUUGAGGUGACUGUGAAGUCGUGUGAUUGCUUAAAUGGUGGAUCAUGUGUAUCUGAUAUGAAAUUUCCUCCAGGGAGUGGAGUUUACCUGUGUGUCUGCUUGCCUGGCUUCCAGGGUGGUCUUUGUGAAGUGGAUGUCAGUGGGUGCCAAUUAAACCCCUGUGGCCUUGGCAAAUGUGUUAGUGGUUUUCACAGUUAUUCUUGUGCUUGUCCACCAGGGCUCAAAGUUGAAACACAGUUUUUAAAUGAAUUUACUAUACAAACUGUGGUUCUCACAGGGUCUGAUAAAAGUGUAACCAAGGAAGAGGAUGGUAAAAAUGCCAAACAGGGGCCGGCCCGUCAUGUUCAGCCAACAAAUGGAAAUGCCUCUACCAUUUGUAGACACCCAUGUGGAAAAAGCAGAGCAUGUGUUGCUCCAAACAUAUGCAAAUGUAAGCCUGGUUAUACUGGUUCUCACUGCCAAACUGCUGUAUGUCAUCCUGAUUGCAAAAACCAUGGAAAAUGUAUUAAGCCUAACAUUUGCGAAUGUCCUCCAGGACUUGGUGGAGCAACCUGUGAUGAAGAAUUUUGCAACCCACCUUGUCAACAUGGUGGCACAUGCUUGGCUGGCAAUCUCUGCACUUGUCCUUAUGGUUUUGUAGGACCAAGGUGUGAAACAAUGGUUUGUAACAGGCACUGUGAAAACGGAGGUAAAUGUCUUACCCCAGAUGUUUGCCAGUGCAAGCCUGGCUGGUAUGGACCCACCUGUAGUACAGCUUUGUGUGACCCUGUUUGCCUCAAUGGUGGUUCCUGUAAUAAGCCAAACACUUGCCUCUGUCCAAAUGGAUUCUUUGGUACACACUGUCAGAAUGCUAUCUGCCACCCUCCCUGUAAGAAUGGUGGCCACUGCAUGAGGAAUAAUGUGUGCAUCUGUCGUGAAGGAUACAUUGGUAGAAGAUGCCAAAAAAGCAUCUGUGAUCCUAUAUGCAUGAAUGGAGGAAGAUGUGUGGGACCAAACAUUUGCUCUUGUCCUUCCGGUUGGAGUGGAAAACAAUGCAACACACCUCUCUGCUUUCAGAAAUGUAAAAAUGGUGGUGAAUGUACUGCUCCCAGCAUAUGCCAUUGUCCUUCCACCUGGGAAGGUGUGCAGUGUCAAAUACCAAUUUGCAAUCAAAAAUGUCGUUAUGGAGGUAGAUGUAUAUUUCCCAAUGUGUGUUCCUGCCGCACUGGAUAUUCUGGAGUCAGAUGUGAAAGGAAAAUACAGGUAAAACACCACUGAGUAACAUCAAGGAUGUGAAUUACAAGUGCUGGGGUGCAGAAAACUGUAACCCCAAAAUAUAGUGCUUUGACAUGGUGGAAUAAAGAAGCAGCCUCAAGGUCUCUCUGACUUCCCC